AUGGCCAUGGCGUUCCUCACCACCACGCUCGCCGUGGUGCUCCUCGGCAUCUGCGCGGCGGCGGCACCCUGCCUCACCACCGACGCCGCCGGUGUCUGCCAUGACCAACAACGGCACGACGACGGCGACCUGGUGGCGACGGCGUGCGAGAAGGCGAAGGGGCACGAGGCGCACCACUACCGCGGGCUCGGGCUGACGGCUCUGACCAAGGAGUUCUGCGAGACGACGCUGCGGUCGGACAACCGGAGCGCGGCGGCGAACGACACGCGGGAGCUGGCGCUGGUGGCCAUGGACCUGGCCAGCACCGCCGCCGCGAGCGCCAGCGCCAAGGCGCGCAGCGCGCUCCGGUCGUCCGGCGGCAGGGGGAGCAAGGACAGGGACACGGAGUACUCGCUCCGGUACUGCUUGAUGGACUACGGGACCGUGGCAGUGGUCCUCCCGGCGUGCCGCGCCGUCGUCGAGGAGUACAGCCCCCGCGACUUCCAGGCGCCGUUCGACUACCUGGAGUGCGCCGGCCGGGUGAUGGACGCGGCGGGCGACUGCUGGCAGCGGGUGUCGUACGAGGACGGCGCGCUGAAGCGUGCGCUGUGGAACGACGCCGUCGAUGUCGCCAACCGCGCAAACCUCGGCCAGGCCUUGGUCGAGCAGAUGGUCGACUUCCCGGACGAUCAUGAGUAA